CAAAUCGCUAAACACGUGAGGAGAGUUGUUUGUUGAUAAAUCAGGAUGUCCUUAUACAUGUCUGGAAAAACAUGGUGUUUGAAAAGAGUGAGAAAGUCACAAUAUCUGUAGUUGGAUAUCCAGGUUCAGGAACGGGUGUUCGUCAACACGUUGGGAAAUCUUGUCUGAUAAAUCGUUUUAUAGCACCAUAUAGAUUUAAUGAAAAUCACUUAUCCGUCUUAAGUUUAUCGGAUUACGAUGGUGAAGUUAUCUGUUCAAGCCACUGGCUGUAUUGGGGGGAAAAUAGUGUGAAUGUUAAUGGCUGUAGACUACAUAUCCGAAUAAUUGAACAGUGCGAUUUCGUGGAUGACCAUCUUUUCCAGCCUCUUUUCGAACCCAGAACGUAUGAAGAACGGUGUUUGGACUCCAAAAUCACUCUGCAUUCAAGAAAGUUGUCUUACAUAUGCAAGGAGCAGCUUGGACAUGAAUCAGCUUUUCCUCAGGUUUAUCUUGAACCCACCACUCUAUUUGUUAAUGCUUUUGUAUGUGUAUAUGACAUCUCAUUAUGUGGUCCUUCAGCUCUACAGCAAGCCGCCUUCUUAGGAUAUAUAAUCACUCGUCUUUCUUCGCUUAAAAUUCCAGUGGUUAUCGCAACAUCCAAACAUGAUAUGGGUGUUUCGAGUCAAGCCUCAACUCUCUUAAAGGACACACUAAAUGGAUUUAAAAAGGAUUGGAUGAAAAAUUUAUGCAUUGUAGAGACAUCUUCACGCCUAAAUGUAAAUGUCAAGACUGUUUUUCAAUGUGCUGCAAUUUUUGGACAUCAUAAACUUGCUAAAAAUCACCCAACGAACGAAGACCGUUUCUUAUGUGUUUCGGGAAGUCGAUGUGUUCUAGCAUACCUUGGAUUCAAUAUGCUGCGAAUCCAUGUGACACAAACGUUCAUUCUAUUAUCAAUGAGUCUCCGAAUGUUCAACAUGCAUCUUAUUUUCUCCCACUUGAACAAUCUCUCACAUUUCCUAAACACAAUAGCAAACUUAGAAUCCCUGAAAGAAUCAUCUUACCACAGAUGAUCUGCGGAAACAAUCCAAACAUUCCUACUACAAAUCCCAAUUCACCCUUGGAAACGAAAAUCUGUCAAAUGAAUGCAAAUCCGUUUCCAAAUACCCAUUUUUCUCAAAAUAGUUCUGUUCAAGACGUAACUUUACCAAAAAUAAGCGAUUUAUGUGAUCCAUCUGUCCUACUUACUCCUCCACCACCUCUGUUACCUGGUUCAUGUAGUCCAAGUUCCUUCGAACAAACCAACUCAUCUUCCAUUUCAAUUCGCAAUUCGGUAGCACUUAACGCUAAAUGUUCAGACUUAUCUCGUCACAUUACUUCUGGAACUCCGUUUGUGAAGAUUUAUGUACAUGGACAAACAGAUACCUCUAGUUAUACUGCAAAAGCAAUGCGAGAUCUUUGUCCAUUAGAAAUUUACAAUAAUAAAAAUGGACGUCAGUUUCAUGUCGUAAUUCUUUCGAAUUCUUCUAGAACUCGCUGUAAUCAAGUACCCAUUCUCCCUGAUUCUUCUCAGUUCUACUCAGAUCCACCUAAUCCUCCCCAAAAUGGUCUGACGAUUCAACCCACUCAUUUUUCUCUGACAGCAUCACAUAUGUCAGCGUUCUCUGCCCCAAAUAGUAGUCCAUUGGGAAGCAGUUUGGUUGUCACUUCUGGUAAUAAUAAUAAUAAUAAUAGCAAAGAUUACAGUCCAACCGCUGAUUCAGUACAAGAAAAUUUGACACCAACACCAAAUUCGUUUCAAAAUCUUAAGGCUAAUCACUUGGAUACUUCAGCAGAAUAUUGUAUUUAUUUAUUCAUAUACAAUACUGUUGACGAGCUUUUAGAAUGUUAUGAACAAAUCAAACAUGAAUCAUCAAUUUCCACAGUGCAAAAACCAAUAAAAGUUUUGGCUUAUUUACGCUGCAGUAAUGGUAAUAUAUUUGAAAAAAGCAAUAUAAUUCUUUCUGGACUAGCAAUAUCAUCUCGUUUUAGAAUACCUUAUUUAGCUGUAAAUUCUGAAUUAAUGGAAGUACUUCUGGACAAUCUCCUUUGUUUAACAAUCAAUACCCAACUCGAAAAAAAUCAAACAACAUACACUUCCAAUCCUAAUAAUUCAUUUAUUGACUGGAAAAGUUUCAUAAAUAUUGAUUACUUAUCUAUUACAGAAUUCAUUUCUUCACCAGAAAUUUUUUUGGAUAGGGUAUUUACAGAAAGUAAAUUUCAAUUUGUCGGAUUUUUAACAGCUUUAAUCUUGUCAAACUGUAAUAUAGAGUCCGGUUGUACUGAUUCACAUACUACAAACCACAAAUUACUCUUUGUACCUUCAACAAUUUAUCCGGAAGAUUCACAGUCUAAUGGUACAAGUAAUAGAAAUAGUUCCUCAUAUUCUUAUGUGCAUUUUGUACAAUUAGAUGAGGUUAUUGAAUACGUUUUAUUCCAAACUCCUACUUUCUCAACAGCUUAUAGUCUGCGUUCCAUACUUAUCCAUUAUUCUUCAUCUUCCUGGUCUGAGACAAAGCAAGGGACUUUAAAAACCCUGGAUGGAUCAAUAAAGCGUCAGUUUCCAGAUGGACGUGUCACAAGUGUCAGUCUCCGAUGUACUGACCUAGAUCAAGAAAUGGUCACAAGUUUGGGAGUAUCAAAAGCUGUUUUGGAAAAUGUUAUAUUUUGCCACCAAGAAGAUUCUAACUGGCCUUUACAAGAAGCGAAAUCGGUAAAACAACGUUUCGACGAUUUGUUUGCUUCAUCACGUUAUGUGAAAGCACUGGAUGCCAUUCGAAAGUGUAAACAAGAUAAUGAUGGCAAUGUUAAAUUAUACAAAACUGAACUAAAACAUUUGACUAAAAAUCGUGAUGAAGCUUUGAAACUUCGUUCUGAACGAGAAGAAACUCUUCAUUCCAUUGAAAAACAGGAAAAACAUUUGGAAGAGAUUUCCGCAAAACUUCAACCUGUCGUUGAACAACUCAAUCGUUAUAAAGAACGUUAUGCAGAGCUAACAAAAUUACAAGCUGAAAUUAAGUCUUGUGAAGCUGAACGCGCUCAUUUAACAGAUGCAAUAAAGAAUUUAAUGUUAAACAUACAAGAUGAGUAUCAAGGAAGUGAUGAAGAAUUAAAGCGUUUGAUUGAAGAUGCCGAGACAGAAUAUGAAAAGAAAAAUCUUCUACUGAAUCAAUCUGAAAAUGCUUUACAAAAAAAACGUAAAGAGUUAAAUAAUUUAGAAACUAAUCAAACAAAAACUAUUGUCGAGAAAACACAAAUUGAAAUGGAGGUCAAGCGUUUAAAUGAAGCAAUAAUCAAUCGUGAUAUGAUCUUAGCCUCGGUUGUUGCAAAUUAUAUUCCAAGUGAUAAGUACGAAAAUGUAAAACAAUUUACCGAUGUAGAUGUAGAGUAUAUUGUACAGUUCGUUGAUGGAUUAUUACAUGAAUCGGAAAAUCAAUUAACAGAAGUGAAGCUCUUAUCAGCUAAUGAAGAAAGAAAAGUUCAAUCUGAUGUUGAUCUGGUUCGAGAUGAAUUGGCUGCAUUGAAACAAAAAAUAGAAACUAUAAAACGUAAUUAUAAUCAAAAGUCAUCUGAAGUGAUUAGUGUUAGAAAACGUUUAGAAAAUGAGCAUUCAUUAAAUGAACGUAUUGAAAAAAUCAAAAAUGAAUUUCAUAAAUCUGAAAUUACUGUUAAAGAUUUAAAUAUGGAUCAUGAACUGAACAAUUUACAUCAAUCCAUAACGGAAUCAUUAGCAAAGAAAAAGGAAUUGGAGCAUACUAUCAGUUUAUUAGAUGAAAAAAUUGCAACGUUUCAAAAAAAUGCCAAUAAGUAUCGUGAACUUGAACUUAUGCAAAAAGAAAGAGCAAGUAAACUUGAAGGAGUUCGCAAAAUACGAAGUCGUCAUGCUGAAGCAUUGGAACAAGUUUUCGCUGGUUCUAUGAUUCCCCUUAUAUCCACAGAAAAGUCACUCGAAGAACAAGCUAAUCCCAAUAAUAUUCGAUCUUUUAUUAAUGACCAAACACGUCUAAGGGUUGUGUUCGCCAAGCUACUCAAUGAAUUGGAACAAUCGGCGAGAGAUACAAGAAGACAGUUGGCUAAGCUUGAACAAGAACGUUCUUCACUUGAAGCUACUUCUAAAUUUACCAGAAACCAUCUACAAGAAAAACGUGAUCAACUAAAAACAUUAGAAGAAAAGCUUUUAUCUGUACCUGGCGCAGAUGAUCUGGAACAAACUCUCAUCAAUCUUCAGGAGAAACGUAGUCUUUUGGAAGAAGAAUAUGCAAACGAACAAGGAAGUGUAUUUUUGUGGCGUAAAUUUCGUGAUCGGUUAUCUCGUAUAGACUCUGAUUGCCCAGUUUGUCAUCGAUGUUUUGAUAGUGAUACAGAACGUGAUGAAUUAUUGAAUGAAAUUGAUAAACGAAUACAAACGUUACCUUCUGAAUUUGAACGUAAAAAACAAGAACUUAACGAAAUUGUUUCACGUCUUGAAUCAUUGGUCGAAUUACGUCCUAUAAGUUUAGAGAUCAAACGUUUACAUGAAGAACAAAUUCCAGAUCUAGAAUCAAAAACUAAAGCUGAGUUAGAUAAACUUGCUGAUGUACGCAGUCAACGAGAUAAGUUAUUAUCACCACGUUUGAUGUUGAUCAUAUCAGUUUCAUUAAAAAAUAUCAUGCUGUCUUUAGCUAUGCCAUAUUUCAGUUUUAUGAGUCGCAUUUUCGAUCAUACCUUCAUAUGUAUUAUAAAUCUGGUCUCCAAUAUCCAAUUCAUUAUAUUUGAUUCUCAAUCCAUUGACGUCUUGCAUGAGGAAAGAAAAUCGUUACGUGGGACAUUGUUAACAUUUUCCGAAACUAUUGACCAAAAACAAAAACGUGUUGAUCAGUUAAAUCAAGCUCAACGUGAAGCUAUCAAUGAAAUGCAUAGACUUAAAGAUCAAAUGCAUAAGUUGGAACAAGAGAAUUUAGAUAAUGUUCAACUGAAGAAUGAUCUUUCUCGUCUAACUCAUGAAUGUGAAACAUUAAAAAAAGAAUUAUCUGAAUUAGAAUCUGAACAGUUGCCAAUUGUUCAUUGUCGAUGGACUGAAGCAUGCGAUGAACGCAGUCGUAUUGCUAAGGUUCGUGAACGAAAUAUCCAACAAGCUACUACAAAGGUAACUGAAAUCAGUGAAAACCUGAAGAAAGUGACUGAUGCAUGCACGUUGGUCAAAAUUGCAUCGGAUUCUCAACCUGUAGAACGGUUAAAAGUCAUUCUUGAAACCGUCGAACAACUUCAACAUAAUUUUUCCCUUAUCAAAUCUGAAGCGGACACCUUUAUUGAGAAUAUAGAACACUUAAAAAAACAAAUCAGUGAACAUAAAAUGCGUCAACGCGAAUUGGCCGAUUGUGUCCAACUUCGUCAACUACGUUUUCAGCUGAGCUUACUCACAGAACGAACAGAGUCUCUUGCCAAAAAUCAAAUGAUUAAUGAUAAUAUUCCUCUAUCAGAUCAAGAUUUAAUCAGCGAAACUAAACGUUUAUCGUUAGAAGAGGAAAAAAUUUCCUUACGUAAACAAGAUAUAUCCAAUCAACUAAGUGAACUAAACGCAAAACUUCUUUAUCUUAAUCGUGAUUUGAAUGAAAAAUACUCCAAUGCUGACAAUGAAUAUCGGGAUAUGAUGUAUCAACUCAAAACUUCAGAAUUAGCUUGUUCAGAUUUGGAACGUUAUUAUAAGGCUCUUGACAGAGCAAUAAUGUCUUAUCAUGCUGUUAAAAUGGCUGAUCUCAAUAAAAUUAUCCGAGAAUUAUGGCGUAGUACAUACCGUGGCAAUGAUAUAGAUUACAUUGAGAUAUGUAGCGAAGAAGAUACAGCUGCAGCAUUGAAUGCUUGCCGAACACGAAGAACUUAUAAUUACCGUGUGGUAAUGGUAAAGACAACAUCAGGAAGCAUGUCGAUUCCUCGACCAAAAUCAAAAAACUCUACCAUAUGCAGUAAUGAAGCCCGUUUAGAUAUGCGUGGACGAUGUUCAGCUGGACAGAAAGUGCUAGCCAGUUUGAUCAUCCGUCUAGCACUGGCUGAAGUAUUUUGUCUUCAUUGUGGAGUGCUUGCUCUUGAUGAGCCAACUACAAAUCUCGAUCGGGAGAAUAUUGAAAGUUUAGCUUAUGCUCUGGUAGAAAUUAUAAAAAAUAGGAGCCGUCAAAAAAACUUCCAGUUAAUUGUUAUCACACAUGAUGAAGAUUUUGUCGAAUUACUGGGUAGAUCAGAUUAUGUGGAGAACUUUUUUCUACUAUCUCGUAAUACACAAGGUUUAUCAGAAAUUAGAAAAGUUCCUAUUGGAGAACAUUUUCACUGAAUAUACAUAUUGUUUGUUUAAAUGAUAUAAAUGAUCUUAUCAAAACUUCUUACUCGUUAUUACACUAAUUUUCAAUCCGUUUUUCCCUCGUUACAUUGAUUUGUUAUGGUGGUAGAUGUGAAUAUCCUUUUGUGUUAUGAUUUUAGUCAGAUAAUCAGA